GAAAUUGUGGAGGGAAAAAGGGAGUGAGUGGAUGAACUUGGUGUCCUGUUCUGUUCUUACUUUGGGGAGUUGUUUGGUGGGGGCUGGCGAGUGUUUCUUUUCUUUAAGUAAACGUUACUCAAAGCAUUCAUUAAUCCAUGUUGUCACGUAGGUAACCUAACAGUUUUUGCCUGACUGCUUUUAUUUUCCCCCACCAAAAUCUUCACUUUCCAUUAUUAUUGUUUUCCACAGCUCGAUGGGCAUGAAGAAACGCAGCAAGAUGCAGCAGUUGAGUGGAAGAAGCAGGCUCUAACAAGAGGGAUCUGCUGUGAGGAAGAAGGGGGAAUCAAUUGUAUGGUAGAUUGGAACAACCCUCCAAAUGGAAUCCUGGUUUUCGGCAAGCGUUUGCAUUGCUGUGCUGUUGAUUGGUGCCUGUGGAAAUCAUGCGGUGGGGGAAGAUCUGGCUUCUGAUACAGUGGCACUCAAUGCUUUCAGGCAAAAUGUGGGGAGAUUUGUUAAGUGGGAUCAGAACACCAGUGCUUGUAACUGGCAGGGCAUCUUGUGUAAUGGCUCCAGAGUGACUGAACUGAGGUUACCGGCAGUGGGUCUUGUGGGCCAAAUCCUCCCUGGGACACUUGGAAAUCUCACCGAGUUGAGGGUACUCAGCUUGAGGUUUAAUCUUCUCUCUGGCCCUCUACCAGCGGAUCUAGGGAAGUGUACUCAUAUGCGAAAUCUGUAUCUGCAAAACAAUCAGUUUUCAGGACCUAUACCAUCAUUCAUUUCAAAAUGGCCCAAUUUGGUCAGGCUGAAUCUGGCCUCCAACAGGUUCACUGGACCCAUUCCUAGCUAUUUCAACAGUCUCCAGAGAUUGGGCACUCUCUAUCUGGAGAACAAUUCGCUUAAUGGGUCGUUGCCAUCUCUGAAGCUGCCUAAUCUGCAGCAAUUCAAUGUUUCCUUCAAUAAGCUGAAUGGAUCUGUGCCAUCCGGUCUGAAAUCAUUCUCCAGUGACGCUUUUCUUGGGAAUUCUCUCUGUGGUUCUCCUCUUCCGCUCUGUCCAGGCAGCAUUGCACCUGCAUUGGGUCCUUCGAGUGAGUCUUCGAGUGGGUCUAAAGGAAAAGACAAGUUGGGGGCAGGAGCCAUUGUGGGUAUUGUUCUAGGCUCUUUAGCUUUUCUGUUAGUUCUCUUUCUCAUUAUAUUUCUGUGCAAGAGGAAGAGAAGAAGUAAAAGAACUACAGCUGUCGAUGUCAACACUAUUAGCAAGGCCCCUGAAAUGCACCUGGACAAGGCCCCUGAUGCAACUGAGGAUUUAUCAUUGUCCAAUUCCAAAGAGUAUUCUGUUACUGUGCAGGAACCUGAUAAGAACAAUAAGAGGCUCGUUUUUUUCCAAGGCGGUGCAAGGACUUUUGAUCUUGAAGAUCUCCUGAGAGCGUCUGCAGAGGUUUUGGGUAAGGGAAGUGUUGGAACUGCAUACAAGGCUGUUUUAGAGUUUGGUAUAGUUGUUGCAGUAAAGCGGUUAAAGGAUGUUAUCAUUGGGCAGAAAGAAUUUGUUCAGCAGAUUGAAGUGGUUGGAAAAAUGAAUCAUCAGAAUCUUGUUCCUCUCAGAGCAUAUUACUUCUCCAAGGAUGAAAAGCUUCUUGUGUAUGAUUAUAUGCCAAUGGGUAGCCUUUCUGCUCUUCUACAUGGUAACAGAGGAGCAGGGCGAACACCGCUUGACUGGGAAACAAGAUCUCGCAUUGCUCUUGGUGCUGCCAGAGGCAUUGAAUAUCUACAUGGCAAUGGCAGCCAAAUUUCUCACGGAAACAUCAAGUCUUCCAACAUUCUUCUUACCAAAGACUACAAUGCCUGUGUUUCAGAUUUUGGGCUUGCUCAGUUAGUGAGUGCAACUCCAUCUGCUAGCCGAAUUGUGGGAUAUAGAGCUCCAGAAGUUACUGAUGCUCGGAGAAUUUCACAGAAGGCUGAUGUUUACAGUUUUGGUGUCUUACUUUUGGAGCUUCUGACUGGUAAAGCACCUACUCAUGGAUCUGUCAAUGAUGAUGGUGUCGAUCUUCCUCGUUGGGUGCAGUCUGUUGUUCGCGAGGAGUGGACUGCCGAAGUGUUUGACAUAGAGCUCCUGAGAAACCACAACUUUGAGGAGGACAUGGUUCAGCUGCUACAGGUGGCAAUGGAUUGUGUUGUACAGUAUCCAGAUCAAAGACCUGCCAUGAAGGAAGUGGUAAAAAGGAUUCAAGAAGUGAGGCGAAGUCUUGGAGAUGUCGAUGGGAAUGAUCACAUGUCCAAGCCUGCAUCUGAACUAGAGAUGGGGGCAAUGCCAAAAUUUGAUUAAGAUCUAUAAUGACACAAUGAUGAAGCUUGACGAGAAAAUUUCUGGCUCUUUCAUUGCUUUGAAUCUCAGGAUGUUUCAGAGCUGCUUAUUUUAUUUCAUUAUUAAGGUUUUAUCUGCAGGUUACCAGAAGAAGAUUCUUUGAGUUUCCCCCAUUUCCUCCUAGAUCCGUUUCAUUCCUUCAUUUCCAAUUUUAGAUAGGGGAAGUUAUUGGAAUGCUUGGGACAUUUAUGGGCACUGUCCUAAGAAGCUGUGUGUGAUCUUACCAGCAGGUGCUUAUGAUCAAGCGUAUUUUGUGUUUUCUAUGCUGAUGAUUUCGCAAAAUAAUUGAACAGAGGUUUAUAUUGUUUCUCCUGGGGACAUCCUUACAAACCAAUGUAGGGAAAUAUUCAGAGAAACGAGGUUUGAAGUUGUAUUUGUUUGUAUCCAUCUACUAUUCAUAGCAGAUGGGUAUUCAUUGCACAGUUGUUUAUGGUUUUGAAUUAGUUUUUAUUUGCGGACCUCUCGAUUGAUAUGGAGCAGUCUUGCUUUGAUCUAAUUGCAAUGGUAACCUCUAAUUGGAAGUAGAUUUUAGGUUUCAGGGUAGAUUGCAGCUCAAAUUGUAUUUUUGUGAUCAGACUAUUGAAUUGGUGAUGUGUGUUAAUUC